AGAAGCAUCAACCUUUAUUAUAUAUACGAACGAAGCCCAGGCGUUGCUGCCUCUCAUACCGAAGAAGGGAGAAGAAGAAGAAGAAGACAAUGGCAGCGGCGGCAGGAGAAGUGAGGCUGAUCGGGGCGUGGCCGAGCCCGUUCGUGCUGCGCCCGAGGGUCGCCCUGAACCUGAAGGGGGUGGAGUACGAGUUCCUGCAGGAGAAGUUCGGGGAGAAGAGCGAGCUGCUUCUGAGAUCCAACCCUGUGUACAAGAAGAUCCCCGUCCUCCUCCACCACGACAAGCCCGUCUGCGAGUCGAUGAUCAUCGUGGAGUACGUCGACGGGGCCUGGGCUAAUUCCGGCCACGCCAUCUUGCCGGCCGACCCCUACGAGCGCGCCCUCCACCGCUUCUGGGCCGUCUACAUCGACGACAAGGUUCGCAUGCCUCCAUCAAUUUCUGACCUCUGUUUUCUUGAGGAGGCCAAGGCCGAAUCCGCAGAGCAAGCGUGGGCCAGGCUGAAGCUGCUCGAGGAGGCGUUUGAGAAGCUGAGCAAGGGCAAAGCCUUCUUCGGCGGGGACAUCAUCGGUUACGUCGACAUCGCUCUCGGUUCCUACCUGGGAUGGGCGAAGGUGAUCGAGCAGAUGACCGGCCUCAAGUUGUUCGACGAGGAGAAGACGCCUCUGCUCGCGGUUUGGGCGGAGAGGUUCUGCACCCAUGAGGCCGUGAAGGAGGUGAUGCCGGAGACGGAGAAGCUGAUGGAGUACGCCAAGAUGCGUCUGGGGAAAUAGAAGGAGUCUCCUGAAAUUAAAGACAAGGAAUCGUGGUUGUCACUUGGAGUGGCUUAAGGAUCUCGCUGUUGUGGUGAAAUCCGUGGAGAAUAAUGUCACCGACAGUAGUUUUCUGUGAGGUGGCCUUUGCGUGUUUGCUCAUGAUGUUGUGUCGGUGAUCAAUAAAGGAUACCAUUGUGUUGGAUUCGA